GAGCACCUGCUCCGAGGUUCGUACUGUUUAUAAAAAAGAUCUUAAGUUCUGUCUUGUGUUAUUAUUAUUAGCAUGGCUCCACGAAGAACUAGAAAAGUCAGUCAGGAUUCUGAAGGGCAGCACAACUGUGACCAGAAAAUUAGACUUACCAAGAGAAAGGAGCUGUUUAUUCAACAGUUUGAGAAGGAAGCAAAGGACCGGAUAAAUGAAAUGGAGGCCAAUCUGAACAAAUUACUGGCAACUGUAGACCGUGUCUUCAAAAUAGAGCUAAUGAAAAUGCCGCAGUCCCUGCACACCACGCUGAUAAAAGACCUAAUGAAUGACAAUGACACGUCCGUGGGGGAGGUCACUAUGGCACUCACGUGUGCGUCUCCAGAAAUGAACAAACCCCUAUCUCGAAAACCAAGCAAAAAAGGUUUAAAUGCCACAGCAGGCCAACAAAGGUCAUCGGGUCAAAACAAGACUGCUGCGGUGGAAGGCCCAAAGAAACCUGCUAAGAAGACCCUACACAACAGCAAGAGCACUGGAAGCCUGAGGUGUGCAUCAACUAUCAGUGCAAAAAGGACCCAAGGACGAGUUGUCAAAAUUAGUGAUCAAGCAUUUGGGUUGGAGGGUAAAUCCAGACAAGCAAGUCGCUCCGUCGGUGAUGAAAUGAUGGCUACAGCAACAAUAGUAACUUCCCAUGGAGAAACGCUGUUCCUUUCUGAAGACAAUAAAGAUGACAUCAGUGUUGAGUUGCUUGAUGAUGCGGCUGUAGAUCAGAUGCGAAAGAUCAAGGGUCUAAUGGACUAUCUGUGUAACAAAGUGGGCUUCAAUAACACACGCUGAUGCUUUUUAAUUGCAUUAGCUGCAGCUAGUGUUUAAUCAAUUUUAAAUGUAAAUAAAUAAACUAUAAA